GGGAUUUGUUGUGGAAUGGGUUAUAUCAUUGACGUUUAUGCUGGUCUGUGGUGGCCAAUGAAAAAGCACUUGGUACUUUCAGUUUGCGACGGGGCAGUUAAGAUUGCACUCGGAAAUAGAAGUGGGAGCCGAAGGCUAUAUGUGUUAUGGUUAUUCUUCCAGUUCUAGAGAGCUGGAUAAAAUAUUCGAAUCGGGGACUUGCGAAGCUUCGCGGAAGUGUAGAGAUUUGAUUUGUUCCGUGGGCUGGUAACAAAUAGAAUUUGAAAUUUCGUACGGGUGCCGCCAAAGAUCCUAUAGCUGCCACCGCCGGAUCAGUUGAAUUCGUUUUAAUGUGGAGCGGAGAUGGUACAUUAAUUUCCAACAUUGCCAUCUGAAAUCGGAUUUUGGUAGUGCGUUGAGGACAUUAAUCUCAACCUGGUUCUUGUAUUUUUGGAGGAGGCUAAUUGCAGCUAUUUGGCUCCCUGGGCUACGCCAUGGCUUCGGGUGGCAGCGAUGAUGAACCUUUUCGAACAAACCCGGACAAAACACACACAAAUCACUGCAAAAGCCGAUCACAGCACGUGACUGCAAUGGAUGUUGUACAGGAGACUGAAGAUGUCUUCAGGAGUUACGUGUUCUUCCGGUACCAGUCAGAGAGGAAUGAAGGAGAGCAACUUUCAGAUAAUCCAGAAAUAACUCAGAUGCAUCAGCCAUCUAGCGGUACUCCAACUCUCGUAGGAAGGCAACUUGCUGUUAUUGGAGACGACAUCAACCGAAGAUAUGACAUGGAAUUCCAGAAUUUGUUGUCAGGGUUGCCACUCAAUGCACAAAAUGCCUAUGAUUACUUCUGCAAAAUAGCUAAUGGGCUUUUUGAAAGUGGUAUAAAUUGGGGCCGUGUGAUAGCGUUGUUGGGCUUUGGCUAUCGAAUGGCCAUUCAUGUCUUCCAGAAUGGUAUGAAGGGAUUUCUCAGUCAAAUUGCAAAAUUCAUAGCACAGUUUCUUCUGAAAAAUAGAAUUGCACAAUGGAUUGCAAUGCAAGGAGGUUGGGUGGCAGCUUUAGAGUUGGAUAAUAUUUAUGUCAAAUGGAUGCUUGGGAUUCUGUCUGUGGUUCUACUUGGUGUGUUCGUUGUCCACAAGUUUUACAAAUCUUAAUACAUGGAUCACUGCUGGAGCAGGCCUCCAGUCUUGGACUGUAAAAAAAUCUUUUUAGAAACAAUUCGCAUCGACAAAAUUAUGAGACGUGCUAUUUAUAAUGAAUGGUGAUGUUUAUCGAGAAAUUCCCAGCUGUCAUUUAUUGGAUGGCCAAUUCCAACAAUCAUGUUUUUUUUAAACAGUUAUAUUAAUUUUCAGCUGGUCCAUUCUUGGCUUAUUUUUGCACCUCACUUCUAAAACAUGAGAUCAGUUCCAAUUCUCUGUGUUGUAUGCACAGAACUAUCAUGUUGCAUUGGCAAAACUGACAUCAACCAGUGUCCAUCCACUUGUGAAUCUUGUUCCUGCAGGAACAGCAUUUGUAUGCUGAGAUGUUGAGCCUUGGAGCUUUAAUAUGUUUAACAAAAACGACAGGGUAACUUUUGUACAUAGGAGUUUUAUUGUCAGCAAAACAAAUUGUUCUUUACUUUAAACCUUGGAUGCCUCCUUUCAAUUUUGAUGAACCUUUGCAUGGUGAUCUCAAAAGUUGUGUUAUUGGCAGUAUAAGCAGUUGCAACCGGAGGUGGAAGCGAUGUUGCAUCUACAACAAAUUAAAGUGCUUUAAAAAAACAAAACAAAAGGCUAGCAAAUUGUUGGGGCGAAACUGAAUUUGUGCUCAUCGUGGGAAUUGUGGUCAAAGAUGGCUGAGGCUUGAGUCUUGUUUCUUUUUGUUACUAAUUUGUGAACUGUGUAUAAUCUAGUUUAGAACUGUGGUAUUUUGGGAGUAUAGCAUCUGAAUUUGGAUACUGAUGAAUUGUGCUGCUAGGCCCAACAGGUGUCUUGAAGUAUCCUAAAGUUUUUUAAAUGUAAAUGCUGAUUAAUUUAAGAAAGGAUUAUUUAAGAAUAACUGUUUGAAUUCUUAUUUAUGUUUGAGAGUUUGAAGACCAAUGUAGCAAUAUAAAGGGAGCAGGCAUUUGGGCUGUCUAUAUUUAAUAACUAACCUCCUUUCUAUAGCUUCAUUAACUCCUGGCCUUCUGAAACUUUAAUGUCAGGGUAUAUUAGUGUAAAGAGAAAAGGCUUUGGGAAACUUUGUAAUAUUAUGGAGAUUAAAAUUUGUGCAUGUACUCAAUAUUGAUGUAAUUUUGUAACUCUUUGCUUAUUAACAAUUUGCUUAUUAAACCUUAGAAGUUGGCAGAGAUUUAAAUUGUCUGCAGAAUAGCUUGUUUCUUGGAAUGAGCACCCAAGAAGGCAUUUAUAAUUUCCGAGGCACUAUUGUUUAAUCAUUCGAAAAGACCCCUUGACUGACAAUUUAUAAUGACCUGUUUUCCUCCAAGAAUUAAACUAUGAAAACUAAAUGCCUUGCAGCCUUUCUGCGUUUGUGAGCUAGCAAAGAUGAGUAGCACUUUAGGAUGUACAGGACCAUUGGAUCCUUAUCUUUAAUUUUGGUGCUCCCAAUACUGUGGACUGUUAUGGAAAGGAUACGUGGCUGCUGUGAUCCAAGUUAACUGAUUUGUGAGGCUUCGCACUGCCCAUGGUCUUAUGAUGGGAGGCAGAUAAUUUACUUCACUGUGAUCUGUCAGAGGAAAUAUUUAAGCAUGUGACAUUUUAUGCAAUGCCUUCAAUUGUGCCUUGAGUGGUCUGGGAGUUGGAUCUUGGGGCAGUCACUGUAAGUUCUCAGCACAGUUCUUGCCUAAGGAAUCAUUUUAAAGCUGUUUUGAUCAUGAACAAUCAGAUGUGCAGUUUUUACUAGUCUCACUGUUGUUGAAAGUAGAUUUCAUAUUUCACAUUUGGCACACAUUAGCCAGCAUCAUCUGUGAAACUGUACUGCCCAAAGGGUCUUCUGUUUUCUCAUAUACUCAAUUGGCCUUUGGGCAUAAUGCAUGUCCAUAUUCUUAAAUUGAUAAAUACUUCUUAAUGUAAAAUAUGAAAUGUAUUUGAGCUCCAAUGAACAUGAUUCUCCAACUUUAUAAUUGUCAAGCUUUCAAACUUGAAAUCUUUGGUGAAAGCACCAUUAAAUGCCCAUGGUUGUGGUUUAAUGGAAUCUCGGGGAGCGAGUCCUUGACCAUCUUUCCUAAUGUGAAGAACUGAAACUAUAAAAUAGGCAUGCCGUGUGAGAUUAAUGAAAGGAACGUGCGCUAGGGCUAAAGUUUUAAAUUGGAUGAUGGAUACAUAUUUGAUUUCUCGUGCAUAAGAUGGAGCAGCAUGUUGAUGGCGAAGCAUUGUAUGUACUUUGUAGGUGCAUGUGUGAAUUCUUGGUCUUCUGCCAGAGGAAUCACACUGCCUACAAGGUGUUUAGCUACAAGUGACUGCUCCAAUGAAACAAACGGUAGUCUACAAAACUAAUAAAUUUGCGUUUGGGAAUGGUGGUAGGCCACCAAACAUCUCUGAGACCAAACUCUAUUUAUAGAGGAUUUUGUACAGUAUGUACUCUUAUUCUCUUUCCUGCUGUUCUUGCAUUGCAUUAAAUGGAAAUAGGAAAUUCGUACCACUGACAAAGAAAGUGUUUAAAAUGAUCAGAACACUAUCAGAUCAAAGUUCAUAUGUGGUGAGCCAUAACAGUUUAUGGUGGGAACAUCUAACAUUUAUAUAAAAUAUGAAGUUGACAGGACUAAACACUUUUUUUAAAUGGGUUACUCCAAUUAUCUUCUUAUUCUAGAUUUGAAUCAUUUGUCUUGUUUGACAAAGGCUAAUUUCAACACAGCCAUAUUCCACCAUCAUAAAAUGCAAAUCCCAAUUGUCAAUUUGUAACCAUUUGUGACCAUUUAGUAGACAGACAGACAGAGGUCAUCCAAUUAAAAAACAAAAUGGAAAUUGGCUGUAGAAUUUGAUUUGGUGUUAAAUUAUCAGUUUUUCAGGGAGCUUUUAACAAAAAUUAUUAAAUCAGUUUUAGCAGAUCGGAAUAAGAACCCUGGUUGUAAUUUGACAAAAGCAAGAACACUGAUUUUUCUAAGAGCUUCCACCUUUUUUCAUUCCACUCUUCUUUGUUUCUUUUUGAUUUUCCUUUCAACAUUUUUUUCGGGAGACCUUUCAUUUGACUGUAAAUAUUCCUUUUAGAGAUGAGUUUUCUCCUGUAAACACAUUUCAAGAGCAUCAAGUAUGCACUGGAAUCAGCUUCUGUUCCUUGGCAUAUGGACUUUGCUUCUACAAACAAAAAAAUAAGAACAUGCAACAGUUUUAAGCAGGUACUUUUUCAAUUAUUUUUGCAUGUUUCAAUAGUGUAGUGCAAGUUUCAAAUCGGGUUUGUUUUCAAAACUCACAAUUUUGUUUCCAAAAUUAUGCUUAUGCAGCAUAAAUUGUACUUGUAGACUACUCUGGCAAUUAAGUGCAAACCUAAAUAGGCAGCACUAAGAUAGAAAUCACCACUUGUGGCUUCUUGGCUCUUAAUAUAUUUGCGUGUAACACUGUAAUAGUAGUCAAUUUCUUCCCAAUGAUUAUCAGAGAGGAACAACUUUACACAUUUGCCAGUUGACCCUUAAUUGUGGCGCUAAUUGUGAUGUUGGUAUGCAAAUCAUCAGCCACUGUGGCAAUUACGAGCCUUGUGUUCUGCAGGAAUGCUGAGUUGGUCAAUUUGGUAAAUAUAUCUGAUUAACUUAUUGUGCAGCUACAAUCAUGGUGUACCACAUAACAACAUAUUGUUUGUGUUUCAACAUUAUGUGGCAGUGACUGUUUAAAUAUUGGAUAGCAGUGGAAGUAUUGUUCAGUUUUUAUAUUUUACAUAUGUUCUUGUGAACAAUGUUUGUCAUUCUCAUAUUUGGUACUUCAAACCUCUGGGUAAUUAACAACUUGAAACUUGUUAAAACGUAUAAAUUUAAAUAAUGCAUGUGACGCUGUAUACCUAAUUAGAAGUUCAAUCAUAUGGAGUUAAAAUAAAACUUUUAUAUCAGCUGUGCUGCUCUGUUUACUGUUACAGGAAAGAGAUGGAAGUGACAGUUGUGUGUUUGUACAGUGAAAUAAAGCCAUGCCUUUGCAAAAUAUCCUGUUGUUUCCCAACUCUUAAAUAAAACCUCUAAUAAUUCAUUUUUGAA